AUGGGGCGGGCGUCCGUGGAGGAUUACCCUCAAGUAGAGUCGAUCCAGCUCGACACUACCACUCCCGGCGACUCUUCCGUCUCUCCAGAUAUUGGCUCGGAAAGCGAACAUGGAGUCUCACUCCCUCCUGUCGACACAGGCCGAGAUGCAAUGCUGUUCUUGGCAGCCUGCAUCAUCAUCGAAUGCCUAGUUUGGGGCUUUCCCUUUGCCUUUGGUAUCUUUCAAAACUACUAUAGCACUCAUGCACCGUUCAUGGGCUCUCCGAACAUUGCUGCCAUCGGCACAACUGCAAUGGGAACCAUGUACCUAUCUGCCCCAUUCGUCUUUCCGCUCAUGAGAAUGUAUCCCAAGCAGAACCGAUACGGCCCAACCGUCGGCCUCUUCAUCAUGUGCAUAGCCCUCGCGCUGAGCUCCUUCUCGCAGACUGUCUGGCACCUGAUCCUCACCCAGGGCGUCCUGUUCGCCGUGGGCGGCUCGAUCUGCUACGGACCCUGCAUCCUGUACAUGGACGAGUGGUUCGUCAAGCGCAAAGGCCUGGCGUUUGGCCUGAUGUGGAGUGGUACAGGUAUCGGCGGGUUCGCGAUCCCAAUGCUGCUCGAGUUUCUGCUGGGGCGGUACGGCUUGCGGACGACGCUGCGCAUCUGGGCGGUGGCGCUCUUCGUGCUGACGAUCCCCGUGGUCUACUUUGUCAAGCCGCGACUGCCGGUUACGACCGGUGCCAGGUUCCAGCUGUCGAAGCUGGGCUUUCUCUUUGACCGGUCAUUCAUCGUAUUUCAGUUGGCAAACAUAGUCCAGGCGCUGGGCUUCUUCAUGCCGGGCCUGUAUCUGCCGUCCUAUGCCACCUCGGCUCUUGGCUCUGAGGCGUUCCCUGCCGCAUUGACAGUCUUGGCCGUCAAUGUUGCAUCCGUUUUCGGGUGUAUUGCUAUGGGAAUGCUUGCCGAUCGGUUUCACGCUACGACGUGCCUCAUGAUAUCAGCGGUGGGCGCGGCUGCGGGUGCUUUCUUGCUGUGGGGGUUUGCGACGAACUUGGCCGUCCUCUACAUCUUUUGCGUCGUAUACGGGAUAUUUGCAGGUUCAUAUUCAAGUGCUUGGACAGCAGUGAUUCGCACGGUGGUUUCCAAGCCAAGUCAAGCAGGCACCUCAAGCGGAGGCUCUGCUUUUGACCCGUUCAUGAUCUUUGGAUACCUCGCGGCCGGCCGGGGCAUUGGAAAUGUUGUAUCAGGCCCUCUGAGUGAGGUUUUGGUCAAGGGAGCCCCGUGGCAAGGACAGGCCUUUGGUGGAUAUGGAAGCGGCUAUGGCCCAGUUAUUGCUUUUACUGGAAUAACUGCCAUUGCUGGCGGUGCCUCCUUUCUAUGGAAGCGUGUUGGAUGGAUGUGA